AUGCUCCCCGUUUUAUUGGCAUCAUCUUGUCGCGACACUUCUCGGGAUUGCGAGCGAAGGAAGGAUUUUUGUGAUGAAGAAAAGCAUAGGUUUGCUAUGAGUCUUUCCUGCCCAGUCACUUGUCAUCAAUGCUCUACGUUACUUGCAGCAGACGAUCCAAGCUAUAGCCCUAGUAAUCGAUGUGAAGAUCGUGCAUCUGACUGUGAUGAGAAUCUUGCUCUUUGCGAUAAUAUUUUAUUUCACCAUAUGAUGCGCAGACAAUGCGCGUUUACCUGUGGAUUCUGCAUCGACGUCAGUGUUAAAGGGAUAUCUAAGGAGAUCCGGAAAGCUACAGGCAACAGUGAGGAAGAUAUGACCAUAGUAGAUAUGUUGCGGCUUAUUCGUGGCCAGUCGAUAGUUGACAUUGAAGAUCUGACCUCUACCACUACAACCACUACAACUACUAUGACAACAGCCUGUAAGGACCGUGCGAUCGAUUGUCAAGCAAAAUCUGGCCUUUGCGACCAUAAGCAAUAUCUGCCUGUCAUGAAGCGGUUAUGCGUAUGCCUCCGGGGUACCGGAGGCAAUGAACUCGGCGGGAUGGCGUUCAACUUUAUCCUCACAUUCACCAUCUCAUUGGUGAUGGCUUUGGAAGAAGAUUGUGGUAAAUGUGAUUUGCGCUCAACAUGGUGUAAGCAGUGGGGUAACGGAACGACGAGUUGUGAAUGUCGGCAGGGGUGGAGUCCGGAUGGGAAUGGAGGGUGUUACUUAACCCGAACGAUCGAACGGUACCCUGAUGAAGUCCACGACCCCUCAGAAGACCCCUCUUGCGAAUUGGGCAAAGCCGAAAAAAUGGCCACAAGAAUUCUCACCGACAUCUUAUCAAAAUACGACAAAAACAUGGUCCCCAAGAUGCGAGGGGUUGAUGUGGAUGUGGAAUUGUUAGUCCAGAAAGUCUCCGAAAUCAACGAGAUUCAGAGUUCCUCCACAAUGCAUAUAUUAUUUUCGCAAAUUUGGCACGAUCCAGGGCUUUCGUUUGAGCACGAAGAAGGGGCGCAUUGUCUUAUGAAUUUGUCGUUAUCCCAUCGAAUGGUGGAGAGUAUCUGGCUGCCAAAUGUUUGUAUCGUCAACAGUAAAGGCUCCAAAGUACACAACUCUCCAACACCAAAUAUCUUUCUGGCAAUAUUCCCAAAUGGUACUGUGUGGAUGAACUACCGUAUCGUUGUGGAAUCGCCGUGCGAGAUGGAUUUUACAACAUUUCCUAUGGAUAGAGUGGUCUGCCAGACGAUAUUUGAAAGUUACUCAUUUAAUGUUGGAAAGGUCCGUCUUCAUUGGAAACGAAUGGGAGACCCAGUGGGUUUUAUGGAGGAAGAGGUGCGACUCCCCGACUUCUACAUGGCCGCCUCAAACCAUCGCAAAGCCACUUAUCAAUAUCCAGCUGGUGUUUGGGAUCAGCUAAACAUCACAAUGAUCUUCCGGCGUUCCUACGGUUUCUACAUCCUCCAAAUCUACCUCCCCACCUAUUGUAUGGUCCUCAUCUCGUGGAUCUCAUUUUGGCUGGACCGCAGGUUGAAAUCACUACCGGCCAGGGUAACACUUGGUGUCUCAUCGAUGAUGGCCUUGACGUUACAGUAUUCGAAUGUGGCUAAAAGUUUACCAAAGGUCUCCUACGUCAAGGGCUUGGAUUUGUUUAUGUUCGGCUGCGUCGGAUAUAUUUUCCUAUCCAUCGUUGAGCUGGCCAUUGUUGGAAUGCUCGAAAAUAAGCGCGAAUUGGCGAGCGAGGAAUUCCUGUCCGAAGAGGAAUUGCGCAAGAGCGUAGCUCAACGGACGUUCUCAAUAAAAGCCAUGAAAUCUGGAUAUGGUCGCCCGAUCCGAGCUUCAUAUCCUGAAUCACAUUGUGCAUCUCCGGAUGAAGUGGCGUGGAGGCAAAGAACCAACGCAACACUCCAAGAACCAAAACCUUCAGAAGACAAUGGUCAACAGGAUAAAGAAGAAAAUAAUCAGAUGCUAUUAUUUGUCCGCGGAGCUCGUGCCUCCCGAAAACGCCGAAAAAAGCUUAGCACAAUGAAACUGUUUUCAAAAUGGACCGGCGAGGACAUGGACCGUGCGAGCUGGAGAAGCAAUGAGACGAGGGGUGCCGAGAUGGCCUUCCACCUUCUACUUAGUCUUACACUAUCCAUUGUGUUAGCUCUUGAGGAGGAUUGUGGCAAAUGCGAUUUACGCUCAACGUGGUGUAAACAGUGGGGCAAUGGAACGACGAGUUGUGAAUGUCGACAGGGGUGGAGUCCAGAUGCGAAUGGGGGAUGUUCAUUAAUUCGCGACCUCGAUAUUCCGGCCCCAAUCCGCGACCCAUCGGACGAUCCAUCGUGCGAGCUCGCCCAGGCUGAGAAGAUGGCCACGAAAAUCCUCACCGACAUUCUUGCCAAAUAUGACCGUAACAUGGUGCCAAAAAUGCGAGGCGUUGAUGUGGACAUCGAGCUGCUCGUCCAACGGGUUUCCGAAAUUAACGAGAUUCAGAGCUCCUCCACAAUGCAUAUUCUGUUCUCGCAAAUUUGGCAUGAUCCAGCGCUGUCUUUCGAGCACGAAGAAGGGGCACACUGUCUGACAAAUCUGUCGUUGUCCUAUCGAAUGGUUGAUAGUCUAUGGUUGCCUAAUGUUUGUAUCGUCAACAGUAAAGCGUCGAAGAUACACGAGUCGCCGACACCGAAUAUAUUUUUGGCGAUAUUUCCGAAUGGGACGGUGUGGAUGAAUUAUCGAUUUGUGGUAGAAUCGCCGUGUGAGAUGCAUUUCGCAACCUUCCCUAUGGAUCGUGUGGUUUGCCAGACAAUAUUUGAAAGUUAUUCUUUUAAUGUUGGGAAGGUACGACUCCAUUGGAAACGCCAAGGCGACCCCGUCGGCUUCAUGGAAGAAAUUCGGCUCCCCGAUUUUCAAAUGACAUCAUUUAUCCAUGAGAAAGUAACGUACCAAUACCCAGCCGGCGUUUGGGACCAGCUAAAUAUAAAAUUGAUGUUUCGGCGCCGACAUGGCUUCUACUUGCUCCAGAUCUACCUACCAACCUACUGCAUGGUGCUGAUUUCGUGGAUUUCAUUUUGGUUGGAUAGGAGAUCAUUACCGGCUAGAGUGACACUUGGUGUUUCUUCUAUGAUGGCCUUGACAUUACAAUAUUCUAAUGUUGCCAAAAGUCUGCCAAAGGUCUCGUACGUAAAAGGAUUAGACUUGUUCAUGUUCGGAUGCGUGGGCUUCAUCUUCCUCUCCAUCGUCGAAUUGGCCCUCGUGGGAAUGCUGGAAAACAAGCGUGAAGUCGUUAAAGAAGAAUUCCUCUCUGAUGAAGAUCUACGGAAAAGUGCCGUUCAACGGACAUUUUCGAUUCGGUCGUUCAAGGGAGGAUUUCGGCGGCGAUCUGGGACUUCAUCUUGUGCAUCGCCUGAAGAGGCGGCUUGGCAAAAGCGUACGUACGUCAGUGGCCAAGAGCCGCGGCCGCCCGAAAAUCCGUCAAAUGCGGAGAAGGAGGAAUCGGAAAAUAAUCAGAUGCUCGUAUUCGUAAAAGGAGCGAAAGAUUCGCGAAAACGUCGGAAAAAGCUGGUGUCAGGAAAGCUAUUUUCAAAGUGGACUGGAGAAGAUAUGGAUCGAUUCAGUCAAAAGCUGUUUCCGGUCACAUUUACACUGCUGAAUCUCAUCUAUUGGAUGUACUACACGGCCAGGGCACAUGAU